ACCGCGUCGCGUCCCCGCUCGCAUGCACACAAAAUACAACAAAUAACCCACAAAACCAUAUCAAUAAUUAUUUAAAUAUAAAACAAACUCGUGUUUCCGUGCCCAUCAGUGAAACUUCAACGAAUAUGUGACAAAACACAAGUGGCAAUGACAGCGAAGCUUUGUAAGCGUCCUAGUAUCGUGAAUAAUGAUAUGGAACAACAUUUUGUACCGAUAAAUCGGGUGUAACAGUGUGUUUUAAUCGGUAAUGUGUUGUCGACGGAUUGUCGAGAUAGUGUAAUGUUUUCUUGUGGAUAUUCGUCGUGGUUUGCCGCAUGGGGUGGGAAACCUAUGGAAUAUGCUAAUCAGCAGUGCAUUUAAAAGUAAACACACAAAAUAAAAUGAGCAACUAAAUAAAAAACGCUUUAAGUGAACCAAUGUAACAAAAUUACGAACCAAUGCGACUGACUUAAGAACCAAUGCGCUCGAAUUACAAACCAAUGCUACUGACUUACAAACCAGUGAUCCAAUGCGAGUGACGUGCCGGGUUUCUCAACGAUGCCGCCUCCGUGGUCGCGCUGUCGCCCGACGGUCAGGCACUUCCACAACCAACCGGAGCUGCAGAACGGAGGGUUUGGUCUGAUGAUGAGGUGGAUUCUGUUCGUCUGGUUGGCCAGCUGCGGACCUCUCGGGAACACCGUGAAACAAGAUGGUUGUGCAUUCCCGAGCCGGUGGCACGGAAGGUGGUUCCAAUCGGGGGUCAUACAACCAAUCCUGAUAGAAGGAGAUCGCCUGUCCAAUAAGGGCAAGUGCAUCUCUUCUGAAGGCGAUAAGUUUCUUAUUGUUGACGAAAAAGGAUGCUAUAGAUGCGUCGUAAUGCAUGAGAAACAUAAAAACGUGCUACAGUAUAAAGAGACAUUCUGCCACCGUCGGGACGCCUUGCCACACCUCUGCUCGCUCAUCACCGGUGAUGCUCUUCUCUACUCCAUGUUCAGAGAAAAUGCAGAUCCAGUCAACUGCCCGCUCACAGGACCCUUCUCUUUUACUUAUAACAGAGGCCACGGCGACUGCAAGAGUCCAGUGUCGUCGAUAGAAACCUGCACGGAAGACUCGAGGCUGCUUCUCAACUACCAAGCAUGCCCUGAUGUCCACGGCUCUGAGAGUGCAGUGGAAGAACUAGAAUGUCUGGCCACGUGGAAGGAAGGCAGCCUACGGUUCCUGGUGGGGAAGCUUCACCACAACCACGCCACCAGCAACGAAGAUCGUUAUCGAUGCUUUGUCUACGAAAAGACAAACGGUAUUGCAUCAAGCGCCGGGAAGGAAGGCCCGGCUUCCCCAGCAGGUGUGGAGUACAGAGUGGCACAAUCUGGUGACGCUACUUGUAAUGGACUCUUCAGUGCUACAGAAGGCUCCAGGACUAUGGCGCUUAAACGAGUAACAGUCCGCUUCAGCUGCCAGUUCCCCUCGUGGAUGACGUUCUCCCACACGUGGCAUACCCUGGACUUCAGCAGCAACUACACCUUCUACCAGAGGAACGCGACGUUACGGAUCACCAACCAAACCGGGGCUGAUAUCAAGGUCUACUGCGUCAAUGUCAAAGCGAGCUCGCCGAGCGGAAAUUCUGUGGCGCUUGUGGCACAUUGGCAGCAUCACUGUGCAUCCCGGUACGUGUGCGUGGUGCUGUACAGGCGAGACACGUACAUCGCAGAGUUGCAGCGAGGGUCGCCUACGACUAGGCCUGAUGAAGCGUGUUCCCCUCACCAUUUCAACGCAGUCACCGCGCCUUAUGUUACUUUAGUUGCAAGCAAUCCAGAAUCGAAAGAAUGUCCAUAUUCUGGGAAGUACACCAUCCAAAAUCGUCAUAAAAGAAGUGUAAGAUCGUCUCACGAAGAAGAAAUUAACGAUAGAGAUUCUAGAAGUAAACGAGAAAAAGCAAUGUUGGAACAUAAUCGUAGAGUUAACGGCACUAGGUUGUUCAAUUUUAGCGUAAGGAAUAUGUCCGAUGCUCCUAUGUUGAGGAGUAGAAGACAACUGGAUGCGAAUGAAGUUGGUUGCGCAGUCAGCAACUACAACCGACUUGAAGUUGGCUGCAAUUCCGUCAAGAAUAUGGAGUUCUAUUCGACGUGUGAGAACAAGGAGUUAGUUACUGCAUACACCUGCCACGGCGGCUGGUACGAGAGCGGCGCCUCGUUCGUGGUAACCACACCAGUCACCAGGGACAGUACUGCAGCACGGCGGUACUGCUUUGUGUCGCGUGAGGCCCGCAGCGGAGCGCUAGAGCUCACGCGGUCUGCCAGCAACUGCGAGCGGGCUGCUACUGAACCUGAACCGCUUGUGUUUGAUGCCACUACUACUGGUGAAUGCCAAGAUCAAGCGAGCAGCCAACCCUUGUUAAGGAUACCGUCAUCACCAAUCGUCUACCUUGCUAUCAUCAUCCACUACAUCAUACCGAGAUGAUUCUCAGUUCCCUAACUUAGUCAUUUUAAACACCGAACCGUUGUAAUUAUAGAGUAAACAAAACAAUUUUAGUUCUUAAGCAAUUUAAUAGCAGCUAAUUUGAACUUAUGAGCGUAUUUAUAAACGUUGAUGCUAAAGGAAUUAUGGCA